AAUGGUGUGUUUUGUGUUCUUUCGUUGUUUACACGAUUUAUACUCUGUAAAUGGGGCUAAACAUGUUGUGUACAUUGGUUUCCUCGAAGUUUCUUGUGGUUUUCUCAAAUUGGUUAUUGAUCCAGUAAUGUGUUCAGAUCCUUUGAUCUGUUAAAAAUGGGAUUUUUUCAGGAAAAUACCCAAAGAAUUUGGAAAACCAAGAUAUACCCAAUGCUGCUUACUACUUGAUGCUACAGGGGAAAGAAGAAGAGAGUUGUAUCUGUAAACCAUGUUGUGCACUUGUAGUGGAGAGCAUUUUCAAUUUGAGGACAAACCCCGGUCGCCGGAGUCCCUCGCGACGAGGGACUUCUCUGUAAGUUGCCUCUCGUCGUCGAGGACUGGAGAUCGGGAAUCGAAGUUUGAUGAUAAUAGCGAAGUAGACGAUGUUGAAUCUGCGCUAAGAGAAACCAUAUCAUUGAAUUAUGAGGAAGCCAGGGCGUUAUUGGGCCGGUUGGAGUAUCAGCGGGGAAAUUUUAACGCAGCAUUGCAAGUGUUUGAGGGUAUUGAUAUUCGAGGUUUGAGGCCUAGGAUGAUUAAAGCUAUCUCAGAGAGAUUUAGGCGUAAGGGUCGUGCCAAGGGGGGGGAUUUGCAGUCGAGUUUAAUGUCAAUGCAUUCGGUUAGUUUGCUUCUUGAAGCGAUAUUGCUUAAAUCGAAGUCCUUGGAAGGGCUCGGUCGAGUGAAAGAUGCUGCAGUGGAGUGUAAAAUUAUUCUAGACAUUGUUGAAUCUGCAUGGCCUCAUGGUGUACCCAAUGGCAUUGAAGAUGAGUGCAAACUGAUAGAAAUGUUCCACAAAGCUCUUGAAUUACUUCCCAAUCUAUGGAUACAGGCUGGUUGUCUUGAAGAAGCUGUUCUAGCUUAUCGCAGAGCUCUUAUUAGACCUUGGAAUUUAGACUUUACAAAGUGGGCCAGCUUGCAAAAAGACUUAGCUGUUAUUUUAUUAUAUAGCGGCAGUGAAAUAACUCUACCUGCAGAAUGUCGGCAAGUUUCGGGAUUUAUAACUCCUUCCAAUAACGUGGAGGAGGCAAUUCUGCUGUUGCUUAUACUCAUGAGAAAGCUAGCGUUUCAAGAAAUAAGUUGGGAUCCUGAUAUCAUGAGCCAUCUAACUUUUGCACUUUCAUUAUCUGGACAAUUUGAACUCUUGGCGAGUCAUGUAGAACAGCUAUUGCCAGGCACUUAUAGUAGAGCUGAGAGAUGGUAUAUACUUGCACUUUGUUAUAGUGCUGCAGGUAUGGAUGAGGAUGCAUUAAACAUUUUAAAGAAAGUUGUCGGACAUUGUCAGAAAGAGCACAAACCUCAUAUUCCAUCACUUCUUUUGGGAGCAAAGUUAUGCUGCAAAGUUCCAUUAUACGCACUUGAAGGUAUAAAAUUUGCAACCAAAGCGAUUGACUCCGUAAAGAAUCAAGAAAAACAUUUAGUUGGUGUUGCAAGUCACUUACUUGGGGCUUGUUAUGGAUGUUGUUCCAAAUCUUCUAUCUCUGAUUCCGAAAGGCUAAAGUUACGAGAUAAUGCAUUAAAGUUGCUAAACAAUGCUGCUAAAAUUGAAAAGUAUGACCCUGAGGUAAUAUAUAGCCUAGGAAGGGAGAGUUUAAUGCAACGAAACCUUAAUGCGGCAGUAGAAAAUGCAACCAAAUAUCUGGAUAUGGUAGAUGGAAGCUCCGUUAUUGGCUGGAAGCUAUUAGCUCUUGUUAUAUCAGCACAACAGAACUUAAAAGAAGCUGAAGCAAUAGUCGAACUUGCAAUAGAUGAGACUGAAAAAGCAGGUCAGUUGAACUUUUUCCGACUAAAAGCACUUCUUCAGGAUGCUCAAGGGCAAUCUAAGAGUGCAAUAGACACUUAUAGGAUUUCGCUUGCCAUCAUUCAAGCGCAAAAAGAGCUUCAGAUAUGGCACCCUAAGUAUGAGGUUGAAGAGAGCAGAAACUUAGAGAUGGAAAUAUGGCUGGACUUGGCAUCUAUUUACACUAAGCUUGGCUCAUGGGCUGAUUCAAAAAAGUGCUUAGAGAAAGCUAAGUCUAUUAAUUCUUCCUUCCCCAAGAUAUGGCACAUUACAGGCUUGCUAUUGGAAGCACAAUCAAUGCAUGAAGAGGCACUCGCUGCUUUCUCAGUCGCACUCUCAAUCCAACCGAACUUUGUGCCGAGCAUGGUUUCCAUGGCGGAAAUUCUAAGGAUGCUUGGAGGUGAAUCCCUGCCGAUUGCGAGAAGUUUCUUGAUGAACGCCAUUCGUCUGGACCCCACAAAUCAUGAGGCAUGGUUGAAUCUCGGCAUCAUCUCAAAAAUGGAAGGAUCGCUGCAUCAAGCUGCAGAUUGUUUCCAGGCAGCAUACGAGCUCAGGCAAUCAUCCCCGGUGCACAAUUUUGAGUGAUCGCUAUCCAGUCAUGUAAAACUAUUCCUGAAAAAAAAAGGACAAAGAAACUCACGAAUUAUGCUUGUAGAAAUAGAAACAUAAAAAGUUACAUGUGCUUUUUCAUCUCAAGGCGGUUUCCAAAUAUAUUUGUUCAAAAUUAGAUGUCUAUUCCUUUGGUUAGUAAUCGGAAAGGUACCUCAAAUAGUUUCUGCAGAUCCUUGCUUCUGCCGUCGUAAUGUCUAAGUAUAUCAACUCUGCUCAUCUGUUAUCACUCUUCCACUCAUUAUUGAUGUUUGAUUACUAUGA